AUGCCGCCGGCGCGCAAGUCGAAGGACAAGGAGUACGCGUCCGCGCGGCGCCGCCGGAGCGAGCAGGAGGCGGCGGCGCGGGCGCCGGCCGAGGACCGGGACGCGGCGCGCGAGGCCGCGGCGGCGCGGCGGUCCGCCGCGCUCGCGCUCGCCGCGGAGCGCUGCGGCGAGACCGUGCCCGGCCGCGAGACCGCGCCCAGCCGCGCGCUCGUCGCGCCGCAGAACGCCGUCGCGCGCGCGCCCAAGGCGAAGCCGAAGCGGUCGGACGCGGACGCCGCGAGGGACCGGGACGCCGCGCUCUUCGCGCUCGACGCCAAGGGGUCGACGGCGCUCCACCGCUUCGCGACGCGCGCGUCCGCGGCGGCCGACGUCGCGCGGCUUCUGGCGAUGGACGCGCGGAAGCUCGACGUCCACGCGGCGGCGGCGACGGACGCCGUGCCCUGCCUGCGCCUCCUGCUCGACGCCGGCGCCGACGCGACGGCGCGGAACGCCCAGGGCUUCGCGCCGCUGGCGCUCGCGGCGUCGCGGUCCGCGUCGCGCGCGGCCGUCGUCCUGGCGCUCGAGCUCGAGGCCCGGGGCCUCGUCGCGGCGGGCGCGCUCGACGCGCCCGGCGGCGGCUACGCGCCCCUGCACUGGGCCUGCGUCAACGACCUGCCGGACGCCGCGGCGACGCUCGCGGCGCGCGGCGCGGACGCGGGCGCGCGGUCGCACCCGGACGGCGAGACGCCGCUCAUCAAGGCCUGCCGCUACGGCCACGGCGCCUGCGCGCUCGCGCUCCUCGAGCACGCGCCGGGCCUCGACUUGGACGCCGCGGGCGCCGACGGCGCGACGGCGCUGGUCCACGCCGCGCGGUUCGGGUGUUGCGAAUCCGUCGACGCGCUCGUCGGCCGAGGCGCGGACGUCCGCGCGGCCGACGGCGACGGCCGCACGGCGCUGGGCUACGCGACGCGCGGGGGGCACCUGCGCUGCGCCCACGCCCUCGCCAUGGCCGGCGCGCUGCGCGCGCCGCCGCCGCCCGCGCCCGCGGCCGCCGUCGCGGACCACUGGAGCGGCGACCGCGCGGCGCCGGCCGGCGGCACCGUCGUCGACCGCUUCUUCUACAAGCUGUCCUUCCCCAUGGCGCGCCCCGACGCGGCCCCGCCGCCGGCGCCGCCGCGGCCGCCGCGCGCGGACCUCGAUUAA